UUCCUUUCAGGAGAUUUAGGGGAACGUAGAAAUAAGAUGACGGUGCUCAUGAGGAUGAUGGCGUCAAUUAAGGGGGUUACAUAAGCAAACUGGCAUGUGUUCUGUGUCAAGAUUCGGUCCAGUCUGAGUUAAAGAAAGAAAAACAGACGGUGCUUUUAAUCAGGGGUAUUUAAACUCACAAUCGAGUUGCAUAGUGAAGCUGAUUUAAUAAAUAUGAGCGAAUAUGAGAAGAAUUUUAGCCGUCCGACGCCGAAAGCCUUUCUGAGGGAGUUUUGUUCCGAUGGAGAAGGAAAGAAAGAUUCCUUUCGAUCGCGAGUUAAGAAAUUGCUGCAUGGAAAAUUAUCCCAAUCGGUGAAUCUCCGGAGGAAAAGUCAACGAAGUAAUCCGUGCCGCAAUCCCCAGAACGAGGUGGUUUUAGAGACGGUGCAUGGCAUCACGACUUUCAGCGAUAGUGGCCUGGCCUGUGACCCCCACGCCGGAGUGGUGGCCUAUCCCGCCGGGUGUGUAGUUGUCAUCCUGCAUCCCAAAGAGAGAACACAGAGUCACAUAGUGAACUCUUCCAGGAAAGCUUUCACUGCCUUGGCCUUCUCACGAGAUGGGAAAUACUUGGUUACUGGUGAACAUGGUCACAAGCCCUGCGUGCGAGUAUGGGACGUGUCCAAGGGGAUGGAGCUGGCAGAGGUGCAGUGCCAUCAGUAUGGAGUUGCCUGUGUGGCAUUCGAUAGCAGCGGGGACUAUGUUGUGUCAGUGGGCUGCCAGCAGGACAUGGCUGUCAGCGUAUGGGAAUGGAGGAAGGGAGUUGUAAUAGCCUCGAACAAGGUGUCCGGCAAAGUGCUGACUAUGUCAUUCUCGGAGGACAGCAGCUAUUUUGUCACAGCGGGAAACCGAAUGAUUAAGUUCUGGUAUCUGGACAUCUCCAGAAAUCGACAGGUGAACAGCACGGUGCCUCUGACUGGCCGGUCAGCUUUGCUGGGGGAACAGUGGAAUAGUACCUUUUGUGGUUUAGCGUGUGGGCGGGGCCACAUGGCCGGAAGCACUUACUGUGUCACCAUCCAAGGUCUGCUCUGCCGGUUUAAUAGCAGGAGGUUGCUGGAAGCCUGGGUUGAUCUGAAGACGGCCCCAGCACACUGUUUGUCCGUCAGCGAAGAUUAUGUCUUCUGUGGCUGUGCCGAUGCUACUGUACGAGUAUUUAAGCCCUCAGACCUUUGUUACAUUACCACCUUGCCCCAUCCUCAGAAUCCCUGCAUGGACAUUACGAACGCUGCUGAAGCAGGAGACCUCCUUGCUGAUGAUCAGGUGGCAGGUCAUCCUGAUACUCUUGCCCUGGCCUUUGAUCCUCUGGCAAGAUAUCUGACGUGUGUGUACAGUAACCACAGCGUGUAUGUGUGGGACGUUCGUGACAUCAGAAAUGUGGAGGUGGUCUACUCCGCCCACUCCCAUAGUAACGGUGUCUGGAGUGUAGAGAUGUACCCUGAUAUGGAGGAGCAGGCUGAACCAUGUCUGACCGUGGGAUCCUUCAUCACCUGCUCCUCUGACGGCACUAUCCGCCUCUGGCCUGGAGACCCCAGUAAUUGCUGUAGUGGAAACACUGGCUGGAAUGUAUGUGUUGCAUUGAUUUGCUGGUUUGGGUUGCCGACACUGCCUGCCUCACUUGCACGCCGCAUGCCACUGCAGGACCCCAGGCAGGUAGUGUGGCUGAAGAAGGAUACGGAGCAGCAAUGGAUUAUGGGUGAACCCAGAGAGGCCAGGAGCUCUCAUGUGAAACCAGGGAUUAGAGUGAUGAGUGUCAGCCCAGAUGGUCUGCAUCUGGCUGCUGGAGACUGGAGUGGCUCCCUACGUGUCUUCUGCUUGCAGUUCCUACACGAGUUGUUGCACAUAAAGGCUCAUGACUCUGAAGUUCUGUGUCUGGAGUUUUCUCCCGCUCUCAUGGGCCUGGAUCUGUUGGCUUCAGCAGGCCGCGAUGGCUGCAUUCACAUUUUCAACAGGGAGAAGGGUUAUAGUCAUGAGCAGACGGUGUGCGGCCACUCUGCCUCCAUUAUCGCCAUUAAGUUCACAGGUGCUUUUCCUAACGCCGGCUUGCUGAGCUGUGAAGGCGACGGAAAUGUUUAUCUAUACACAGCUGAAAAGGGGCAGCUCUCUUGCUCGAGUCGCAUAGCGACGAAAACUACGGUGAACGAUAUGAGCCUGGAUGCUGCGUCGCGUCACUCUGUCGUCGCCUGUCAGGAUCAGAAUAUCAGGGUUUACAGCCUGAAGAGUGGAAAGAUGACGAAGAAUAUCAAAAGCCCUCUGAGUGACGUCACCUUUCUUAAAAUGCAGACAGAUGUUUCUGGUACUUUCCUCGCUACCAGCUGCUCAAACGGUACCAUCUGCAUCUUCGACUACUCAUCCGGUGACUGUGUGGAGACUCUCUUUGGACAUUCAGAUUCCGUGACAGGAAUGAGAUUCAGCCAUGACUGCCGGUACCUUAUUACUGUAUCUGGAGACAGCUGUGUGUUUGUCUGGAGGCUUGCUUCCAAAAUGACAAAGGCCAUGAGGAAGAACCUGGCUGAUAUCAGACGGAGAACUUUGUCUUGUAGCUCCUCCGGAACCACCAUCAGCCAGCUCCCUGCCAGCGGCCCUAGAAAGCAGACUUGUGAAGAUGUACGCGGACCGCUGACUCCAUCUAAAGUGAUUAAGAGGCCGAACCAGGAGGAGCACUGUGAGAACAUCCUCACCUACUCCGCUCACGAUGAAGUGACCAUGUUCUGCAAACCUCCAUACAAAUCAAGAACACACCCUGCUUAUUCUCCACAUGGAACCCCCCCCCACCCCCCAUCAGUGACCCUGACCCCUCUGCAGAAAAAUGGUGGGCCCAUGUUGGCCAGGACACUGUCUCCCCAGGCCCUAUGUUCUGUCGCCAACCCUGGCAAAGAGCAGAUGGGGGGCUCAUACCAGCCGCGUGCCCGGUGGGCUGAAAAUUCCAAUCCGGAGGCCGUUCUCCUGGCCCUGGAGACUCAGAGCUUACGGAGCCCCCUCACUCCCAGCCCGGGGGGGAAGGAUGCAGCCAGCGAGGGUGACCCCUUCAGGCACCAUAAGCAGCCCCUUUAUGAAGGGGAGCUGGAAGAUUAUCUACGUCUGGCCUGUCCAGAUAAGCAGAUGACAAAGGCUGGGUCAGAGCAAAGCCUCCCCGGGACGGACCUCCUUUUGCUGCCAUGUGAUCUGGAGACCUGGUCAUUGCAGACUGUCCCACCUGAGAUGAGUGACCACAGUUUUCGUCCUACUAAUGGCUCAUUUUUGCAAAGUGAAGAGGAGAGUCUGCAUGACGUCCCACUGCUUCACUGGAAGGAGAGCGGAGUUGACCUCAGUCUCAGCAGUGUCUGUGGUUCUGGUAUAGCUGAGAACCAGGCCUCCGACCUGGACCGGGCCUUUGUUGGUUCCUCAAGCUUCAUGUGUUCCUUCAAGGAGGAGCUGAGAAGUAUCUCUCAGGGAGUUCCUAGUGUGGUAACAUGCAGGCCUGUCAAUGGUCCCUUUGACCCAAACCUGCCAGAAAGGCAGUGGCCGUCAAAGAUGCACAGUCCCCAUGGCUCUCCCAGUUCCCCCGCAGUUCCCAUGUCAGUCACCCCUAGUUGGUGUAAAGACUCCAGUAGAUGGGAGACAGCCUCUCGUCAUGCUGAUUCUAACAGCAUGUCAGCCAACUGCACCAACACUAAGCAGAUUUCAGAGAACAUCCUCCAACAAUUCAGAUCUGUAAAACCUGGACGCAAAUAUACUGGCAUCAAAGAUAAACCUAAGGACCACCUGAUGUCUCCAGGCCAAAGACGAUCUCCACCAGGGUCCAGUGAUGACAUUUCCAGAUCUGCCCAAUGGUAUUCCAUGGGUCCCGGCACUAGUCCCCACGCCAAAGUUCUACACAACAGUUCUGAGUAUGAGCUUGUCAGGCCCCAAGUGAAAAAACCUGAUAAACUGAUCAGUCAAAGAGCAAGAUCCACCCCUAUUCUAAAUGCAUCAAAAGAGCACAAGGAGUGUCUGCCUGUUUCAACGCCACGCAAGCCUCCAGCUUCCACUGACAAAAUUACGCCUCUGUGUCGUCACGUGUCAAGGGCAGGAUCUCGCCCUUCCAGUCCUGUGUGCAGAGUGCCUUCUCCCCUAGGCAGCCUGACCCGCAAGAGAGUCACUGUGACCCAACGAUCCGGCUUCGCUCUGCCUGGGGACGAGAGCGGCAGUGAGGCGCAGCAGGAUGGAGCGAGGCAUGAAUGCAGCACAAAGAGUUCCUCCAUAUCUCAUAGCCCAAAGGUCCAGCCUGGAGGGACUUGGAGCUGUGGUGCAAAUGCCUCGUGCCUGGGGGCUAGCAUGCUUCUGUCUGAUCCCUCUUCAGCACACCUGGAAAGAGAGGGAACAGUAGAGGUGAAAUCAAACCUGCAUUCAUACUCCCAUACCUCUUCCCCUGGAGAUGCUAUGCCUACUUUGGCUCUGCCAAAGGAGAGCACUAUAUCCAGCUCAGUUGUCAGGAAUGAGCCAAGUGGACUGAACACCUGUAAACAGAUAGUGAGAGAUCUGAAGCACUCUGUGACGGCAGCUGUUGGCUUGUAUAGGAAGUGCUUGAGCCAAGGCAGCCCUGCGCAGUGCUCACAAAUGAGAUUACUCCUGGACGACGUCUUCUCAGAAGUCAGGAGUGACUUAAGCUGUGCUUUUAAUUCUGAGUCUAGUCAAGAUCAAGGCAGGGUGACUACUCCCCGGAACACGGAAGCUGUCGCCCUGCAACUGCAAAGCGACGGGAUCGUGGCCCUGUUGGAGAGGUAUUCCGAGAUCCUGGUCCGGAUUACAGCCAGAAAAGCAAAUUCUGUUUGAAGGCGCUCAACAAACUCUUAUUUUACCGUUUUGAGCUUGAAACCUUCCUUAUGGAAGCCUUUUCCUCUAAAUAAUGUAAAACUUUCAGACCUAUUAAGUAUUUAUGUGCAUUUAAGAGAAAUGUUUUUAAUCUGUUACAAAAAUAAACUAUUUAAACACUUUUAAAA